UGUUUGUCUGUCUGUCUAUUCGUCUGCAGGCCUGUCUGUCUGAAUUACCCUUUAAAAAUAUAUCUCAAGUCGGGUAAAAAAAAAAUUAACGGUGCACUCCGGCUGAGCGACAAACAACGAAAAUGGGACACUAUUCAGAAACUGAACUCUGAGCAAAAUGAUUUUCCCCUUUGUACCCCAUGGCCCAAGUGAGCUUUGCUGACCUUGGAGGUUGAGAAGCGUUUCAACUUUGCAACAAGGAAAACUCCAAGUUGCGGAGGACCUUUGGAUAACAGCGAAAACCAUGGCCAGGGCCCCCCAGACUGUUGUGUUGUGUUCCUGUUGGCCCGUGGUUUCAGCACUUGGGACAGACGGACAGAUUAUUCUCAUCGUCUUCGUCCCCCUCAUCAUCAUUGUUCUGGUCAUCGUUGUCUUGAAGGCCUUCCAGGAGAUGAGAGAAGACAGGGAGGAACAAAUCUCUGUUUAUGAUCCUUUCUUAGAUAGGGGACUCCGGAACCGCUUCCCACCUUACGUGAAGCCCCCAAGAGCAUCUGGAACGAUCACCUAUUCAGUCCCCUCGCCGACUGCCACGAUGAAUCCGCUGGGUCAGCAAAUUUCUUCAGCUUGUAGUCCCGUUUACACACUGCCGGUGACACAGUCGCUCGGGUAUUCCCAGUACCCUGAAAUAGACGGACAGAGGAUCCUUCGGUUUGCCAGCGUGGACUGCCGAACAGACGCUGGCGGAUGUCAGAGCUACCCAGACAGUGAAGUGUCUAUCGUGGCUGAGUGUCACGCGAGACUGAGUAUCAAGCCAGAGUCGGAGCCAAACUAUAUCUGCCCCAAAGUUCAAGACCAGAUAACCCGACCGUUUCACGCCUGCCAAUCCGACUACCCUCGCCAGACUGGCAAACCGAGUCAGCACAACAGCUUUCUGCACGCUGCAAAAGCAUUUCAGAGCAACCCCUACGGCCACAGAAGUUCUGACUGUGAAAACGCACGGCAUGAGAAACGUGUAGGUGAUGAGGGACCCAAACGUCGGUUGAGAGCGUUUAAGAAGGCAACAAAAAUGCUUUCAAUGCGUUUGACAAGGAGCAACGACAACAGUGAAACAAAUUCGCUAACAAAGGUUCUUCACAGAGUGAACAGAUCCGGGGUCAUACCCGGGAUGCAGUUUUUGCCAAAGAAAAGAACCAAACAGUUACCUUCCCGUGAUCUUCAGCACAAGGUCAGAACCAGUGAACAAAGUGAUGCAAGAAGCAUCAGCAUUUUAGCCUCUUGUGUGGCCUCAACUGUUGUUUCUGACGUCGAGGACGUGAGACAAGAUAUGAAGCAUUUCGAUGAAAAUAAGAGGAACUAGUUGUCUUCAGAUCAUCUAGAGGACAUUCAUUAUUUCGGUAAAAAUAGGAGCUCUUUAUCUCCAGGAAGCGUCCACACUGUGGGACAUUGCAAGCGUAAUUUUUGCCCUGUUUUGCCUCAUUCUCUACCCCACUUACCUCAAAAGCGUCAGGACGAAAGAGUGCAUGACAGUAUAUUAUAAAAAUCGAGAUCUUCAAACCUCACCGCAAACAAACCUAAAGGACACCGCUUGAAACCAGAACCCAAUAGCAAUAAAUAUAAUCUUUCAGCUCAAGAAGUCGAUAACGUCGUAGCAGGGAUCAGUGCGGAGGGUCACCGACACUUUGCUUCUUCUGGAAGCUCGCUGUAUUAUAUGCCAGAGCAAGGCAAGAAUAACAAAACCGAGGAGGAAUUCCAAGUUGCUCCCGCGAUUGAUACACCUUUCUAUUAUUGGUUACAUGACAGCCCGUCUAGUGAAUCAUCGAAGUUUAAGCUACCAGCAUUCAAUUCGGAACCAGAAAAAAGCUGUGACGCGGGUCAACCUCAGCCUGCAAAUGUCACUUCCGGGGAAGUACUUUCCGUUGACCGCGCAAGCGUGGUUCUGACGUCAACGUCGCUUUCUACUCCUAGAUCACCACGUCCUGACUCAGCACACAGUGUCACUUCUUUUCAGACAUGCACACCACGGAGAAAACGGGGCUUCAGUGCUCGCGCGUCUGAUACCGACUCGCUCCCCAGCUGUGAGAGGCUUGGACAGCGGUCUUGGCUUACGCCAUGGGAAGCAAAGGAUAAUAUUUCUGUCCCUAGUUUCGUCACGGCAGCUGACCCCCUCGACAAAUAGACACACCCAUGGGCUAUAGAUUCUAGAAAUGGACCAGUUAUUCAUACACCUAAUUCAUGAGGAUAAUGAUGCAGGUGUUGGAAGGAUGCCACUGGUGGUUCCCAUUUCUUUACCCUUCCCAUGCCGUUUCCGUCUGCUGGUCGUCUUGCUUUUUCCUUACACUUAAUAGCUCUUUUGGUGCCAUUGUGCUUCUCUUAGUGGAAAUGCAAUAAAACAAGAAGGCAGUUGCUAUGAUUGGCCAUGAGUGUUCAUGACUGUUAAUAAGUAUCAUACUUCGAUUGCUUUCAUUCUGGGGGUCCCAUUGUCAUUGAAAAGCUUGAUAUUGCUUUUAGGUCAAGGAGAGCUGGGUUUCUCAUAAUAUUUCAUCCAAGGACCCAUUUGCUGAGGAAAAUAUUUCUUAAAUAAGCAAGAUAGAAGGAAUAAAGAUUUAGAUGACUUGUAACUUCUGCUAUGGCCGAAGAGAUCAUUUCUGGUAGAUGAAAGUUUGGCACAUUGUCAGUAUUUAAUUUAAAAGCUUCAUUCUAGUUGUGGAAGUGACGUCUAGUAGUCUAGUGAUUCUGGGGUACGAGGGGUUAAACCUAUACAAUUUCACCAUUUGUUUUUCACUUGUGGAGGUGCGCUGCUUGCAGGCUUCUCUCUCGACUUCUGCAUUUCUAAUUCGUGAAGCCUCAUUAUAAUUAUUAUGAUUGCUGCCCUCUGGGGUUGCUUCUCUCCAGCUGCUGGGUCUGUCUGGGGCAAUGCUCCUAUUACAAAGCGUUGGAUGCUUAGUAAUACAUUUAUUGGCACGGCACAUAUAUCUCCUUGAUUUCAUGAACUGACAGCAGAAUACAAUGUCGCUUCGACAUGGUUUUGUCCACUUUCUCUCAAGGCGCUGCUUAUUCGAAUAAGUAAAACUUUGCUCGGAAAAUACCUAUUCGCCAAAAUGAAAAAGGCAACUUAUUUAUAUGAUCAAUAUUUGUGAACUGUUGAGUUGAGCCUCAUUUGGUUUGUUUGUUUGUUUGUUUGUUUAUUUGGAAACGGUUUUGAUUACAGUAUUUUUGAUUUGUCGAAAUACUUAUUAAAAUGUAAUACACUGGA